UCGCUCAUCGAUUCGAUAUCUAUUCUCAAUCUUGAUGCCCAGGCAUGUCACGGGCUGGCUUGUGCGGUUCCUAGCUAUUCUAGGGGCCGGCCAUCUCAAAAAUCUUCUCCAGCGCCUCCAUCAGUCUACAGACGUCUGCCAUCGCUGUUCAUUCUUGUACUAUUAGAGUGCCUCUCUCGUCAUUGCAUAGUCCCGCUUCGUCUUGUGCAGUCCUCCGCCGCAGCUUGACGCCGGCCGUCCGCUCGUCCCCAGCUCGCAGCUUCACGCCCCCGCAAACCAGCAUCCAGCGCCCUCCACGCCCAGCUCUCCCUCAAAAGCCCCACCAUGCCCCUCAUUCUCUCUCGCUCAUUGCGUUCUCUCCACCACACACCACCAACUCGAUUCCUCUCAUCUCGAUUCUUCUCCACCACCAAUCCCAAUAUGGUCAUCAAAGUCUUCUUCGACGUUACCUGGACCGGCCCUGAGAUCGAGGUCGACUCCAAGGGCACCAUCACCAAGAAGGGAGCACCCUCAUCCCAGUCCGGCCGCAUCAACUUCGAGCUCUUCGAUGAUGUCGUCCCCAAGACGGCCGAGAACUUCCGUGCUCUCUGCACCGGCGAGAAGGGCUACGGCUACAAGGGAUCCAAGUUCCACCGUGUGAUCCCAGAAUUCAUGCUCCAGGGCGGCGACUUCACCCGUGGCAACGGCACUGGUGGAAAGUCCAUCUACGGCGAGAAGUUCGCCGACGAGAACUUCAAGUUGAAGCACAACAAGCCCUUCCUACUGUCCAUGGCCAACGCUGGACCCAACACCAACGGUUCCCAGUUCUUCGUUACCACGGUCGUCACCAGCUGGCUCGACUCGAAGCACGUCGUCUUCGGCCAAGUGCCGGACGGUGACACUGCUUCUUACAAGGUUGUCAGGUCCAUUGAGGCCGUCGGCAGCGGAUCCGGUGCCCCCAAGGGUGCCGUCACCAUCGUCGAUGCGGGCCAGCUCUAGAUAUAAGCUCGUGGGUGGAGCAUGGAGUGGACGGCGAGGCGUGAAGCAGUGGGUCAACGGAAGCAGCUGGCUUGAAAAGUUACGGAUCCGGUAGUAGGCACGGCACAGUCCAUGACACGGCCAAACUACCUCCAGCUACUCAAUCUAUCCUCUGUAUAACAUCGAGUCUGCACAAUCGUGAUGCCAAUCUCGUCGUGCUCGACCCUGAAAAUUUUCGUCAGUCCAUGGAGGGGCAAAUGUACCCCGCAUCACCGGAGCACUGCCGCGUCGCUCGUACCGAAUUAUAAUCAGGUCGCGCUUGCUCCAGAACCUUGACUCAAGCCGCGACGACCCACUCGUGCCAC